GAAUUGCUAAAGGAUUUCCUGAAGGUGCACUUCCAAUAGGAUAUCAUUUAAAACAACCCCCAAAACCUAACCAUUUCUGUGAUGCAAAUGAAUGCAAAAAUCCUUCUAUGAUUAGUGGAAGUGUUAAAUUAUGUGGUCAUGCUUAUCAUGAUGAUUGCUGGAAUAAAUCUGAUUGCAUUUGUAUUCAUUGUCAUAGUUAUCUCUCAGCUUCAAUUGAUGAAUUGUCCAAGUCAUAUAAUAAACGAUUAGAAAUGGAUAAUGAUACUCAAAAUGAAUUUGAACCACCUAAAGAUGAUUUAUUGGAAGAAGAAACAAAUAAUAUUGAUGAAAUCCCUGCUUAUGAAGAGUUAAACCAAAGAUUAGAUAGAAUGCUUACAG